AUGUACGCAUCAAGAACUGUAUGUUCACGAUGCGCCUCUAGUGUGCGUGCCGCUGUGCCACCGACGUAUAGAUCGGCGCCUGGAGCUGGGUCUGGAUCUGUCGCGUGGUUCUCAUCAACGGCCCCCGCGGCUUCACAACAGGCUUCGAGCUCGAGCUCAACUCCCCAUAGCUUCAGACAAACCGGUGAAGGAACCAUUUCCAAGAAUGGCAAUCCUCAGCCUCGACAGCCCCCAUUCUCUCAGAAAGCGGGUGCAUCUUCAAAGAGGCAGCCUAGACGGAACAAGGACGCCUCUGCGGCUGUAGCUCUGUUCAACGAUGUGGUUCAAAAAUCCGAGGUCGCUGCUCCCAGAGAGUUCCCUGCCCGACCUACUUCUCGCCAGUCUGCUGCUUCUACUGUGCUUGGAGAAUGGGAGAUUGCCGCCAAAAUGAAGGAGCUGGAGGAAAAGGAUGUCGAACCCCUCGAGAGAUUGCGUCUCUUCCAGAACGACAUAUGGCCACAUGUUAAGGAACUUCGUGGUCAGAUCCCCAAGCACCUCUAUCUUGCAACCACCAUGUUCUUGGCGCGCACAUUUGACACGGUUGCUCAACAAGGUCUCACUGGCGCCAGCGUCGCUCUUUCGAAAAUGUGCGCCACAAUUGGGAAGUGGGAUCUAGACAUGCGGAACCAGCUCGUUUUGAAUCUGUGCCACACAUUAAUCAGCAAGAAGCAUACUUCGGCGGAGCGGAAUGCCCUCGUUGAGGAGCUCUUGGACAUGUGGAAGCAUAUUUCGCAAUUACGGAGGAUGAGCCAGUUGCACAAUGGCAGGCUCUGUUUCGUUUUGCCGUCCGAGGAUGAGAUCAUCGAGGAUAUUUCAAGCUCUUCAACAUCUUUGACAAAGCAGACCGAACCAGGCGAGGUCAAGUCCUCAAACAUGGCACCUACGACAAAAGCCCUGGCGAGUAUUUUUAUUCAAUUCCGAUUCGAGCAAGCUCGUGAACUCGUGUCUGGUCUAUUGGCCACCCUUGCUAUACUUUCGGAUCCGCGUUUGGCGAGAGAUGGAAGCCAAAUCAAGGCAGCACCACUGUUGAAUCUCGUUUCCAUCGUAUUGGACCACCAGCCCGCAGACACCGCCUAUGUCAAUGACAUCUUUGCCGGCAAAAUAAGAUUUCCGUCUUCAAAACUGGCCGAUUUGCAGUCCUACGUGCUAGCACAGUGGCCGCAGGCUAGAGACAUGGUUAUGAGGCACGACUCGGAAUGGCGAAAAAGCACUACAUCGUCUCACAAGCCAUCUCGCUCGUCGAGUGAGUCGUCCUGCCUAUCAGGUUUCCACAAGCAGCUCCGUGCCGCCUAUCGAUCUCGCAACACCGGCGCUAUUGUAUCUAUCUGGCAGGAUCUCAAUGCCACUUUAGCUCAAGAUCAAGAGCUGCGCCGGCAAAUGAGCGAGGACCAAGACUUUCUGGAUUUUUGGAUUUUUGUCUGGUGUGCCGUAAGACGACCCAAGAAGUUGCAAGAGACAUUGGAUCUCAUGCGUGAAGUCGGCAUCCAGCCUACGGUGCGAUCAUAUACGAGCAUGAUGCACGGGUGGAAAAUGUGCAAAGACGCAGACCGUAUUGAAGCCCUUUGGAAUAAGCUGGUUGAAUCGGGACUGAGACUCGAUGCCGUCAUAUGGACCGAGCGCAUCUCUGGUCUGAUUGAGGCCGGAAAGCCACAGUCGGGCAUCCAGGCGCUCGCCGAGAUGCAAGCUUUGUGGAAGAAAGCAGUUGCCAGUAGAGGCAGCGUCGAAAGCGCGGCCAAUGUUGCCGUCCAGCCCAGCACAGAAGUCGUCAAUGCCGCCUUCAAGGGCCUCAUUGGCCUGGAUCGACGGGCAGCAAACGAGGUGCUCUACUGGGCUGGGAGGGAAGGCAUCGAGCCCAACAUCCGGACAUACAACAUUCUUCUGAGGGAGAGUCUCCGCAACAGCGCCCCCGAGGAUGUGCAGAGUCUGCUGAAGGCCAUGAAGAAACGGGGCGUCGAGCCCGACGCGGCCACAUUUACGAUUAUCCUCGAGGGACUGCUCGGUUCCAUGGAGAACGCAUCCGCAGCCGAGCAAGUCCAUGUCGUGAGCCAGAUCCUCGGAGACAUUGAAGCAGCGGGACUGAGGGCAAAUCACGAAACGUACGGCAAGAUGCUGUAUGCCGUCGCGUCGCUUGCCAACGGCGGUGCGGACGAAGCCAUUGCCGCCGUGCAGGACCACAUGAAAGCCGCCGGGCUGUCGGCCACGCCGCACAUGGUGACGAUUCUCAUCGAGCGGGCCCUUUCUCGAGAUCCCCUGCCUGCUGAUGCGGGCGCAACCGUCCGCGCCCUCCUCAAGGAACACGGCCUGUCUAAUGUCGCGCAGGGCGACCAGACGCUGUGGGAGCGGGUGAUGAGCGCCCACGCCGUCACGGGGGACAGGGCCUCUGCCAUGGCGGUGUUUGACGACCUUGCGCGUGCAGGACGGCCCGUCACCUCGCUGCCCUGCUUGACCGACCUGCUCAAGGCCCUUCUAGCUUCGGAGGAUGCCCAGGCCACACAGGACGCGAGGCAAGUCGUGGGUGUGGUGCUGAAUCAUAAGAAAGCGGCGGCAGAGGGCUCGUUUGGCAGAGACACGCGGUAUUGGAGGCACCAUUUUUGGUACUUGGCAAGGGAAAACGGGUUGAUCGACUGGCAGGAAGUGCCGGCUCUUCUGGAGAGCAAGCUGCGCGGAUGA